AUGAACCAGCAGAUUCUUGCGUUCACAUGCUGUCGACUGGCGCGCGGCCAAGUAUCGCCUUCCGCAAGCUUCGUCCGCCAAUACCACCGUGCGCUCUCUAUCGCCACGAACUCCGUUUCUUCUCAACACCAGGCGACGACAUAUUCAAUCCUGCCAUACCUUCCGUUUCUGCACCCAUUCCUCUAUAAAGUAGCUGGCAAGCAACAAACAAGCACAUACGACCAUAGGGAGUGGAAAACAGGGCUUCCCGUCCGCUCAGCCAUACUUAAGCCGCUCGCCGGCCGGUUAGUAGUUGGGUGGCGCCUACGAGAAAUAACGGAUCCGUCGUCAAAGAAACCUACUCUACCAGUGAUCCCGGAAGGAGUUGUACAAGAUCAUCUCCGUGUCACUGUAUCUAGUGGGGGAUGCCAUGGUUUUCAGUACCUGAUGACCCUCGAUCCAGAAUCUAAUAUCGACCCGGAGGAAGAUACAAUUUUUGAAGCCGAGCCAGAGGACUCGGGAGAAUCGUUAUCGGAUGGAAAGACCCCCAGUGGCAGAGCGAAAGUUGUUAUGGAUUCGGCAUCUUUGGAACUUCUGAGCGGCAGCACGGUUGACUAUACAAUGGAGCUCAUAGGAAGCCAAUUUAAAAUUACCAACAACCCCAGGGCUACUAGUAGCUGUGGCUGUGGAACAAGUUUCGACGUUCCAUCGUAG